AUGGUCUUCAUCCUGGGCGUGAACUUCCCUGAGCGGAACCUCACAUCGCUUCAGUCCUUUUUCGGCAUUGGGAACACUGGCUCGUCACGCCUUCUAGCCCGCUUUCACAUCCACCCUACAUGUAAAGUUGGCGAGCUGGCAAACAAGCAGGUCCUCGAUAUCACGGCCGCUUUGUCUGAGAUGAAAAUCGAGAACGACCUUCGCAGACAAUACCUGGAUGAUAUAAAGCGCUUGAAGGAGACGGGUACGUACCGGGGUAGACGGCAUGCAUUGGGGCUCCCAGUUCGUGGACAGAGAACAAGAACUCAGAUCAAAACUGCUGUCAAGCUCAAUCGUAUGGAGAGAAGGCUCUGA